GAGUACAAGAACCCCGAGGGCCGUAUCUACUGGUCUCAUUCGGUCACGAAACAAUCAGUUUGGGAAAAACCAGAUGAGCUUCGUACUUCGUUCGAAAAGGCCAUGGCGAAGACUCAAUGGAAACAGUAUUUCUCCAGUGGUCGACCAUACUACGUCAACUCUUCCACCAAAGAGACCAAGUGGGAUCUACCUCCUGAACUCGUGAAAUUAAAGAAACGGAUCGAUAACCAGGAAGCUUACGAAAUUGCAAAGCAACGUGCCAAAGAGGCGGGUCAAAGGACUCCUACUCCCCCUCCGAGAUCGAGAUCAUCGACUCCUGAUCAUCUCAGAGCGGGAGAUCAUAAUGCUUUACAAGGUUAUCAACCCCCCUCGCCGAUCAGGGAGAGAAAGGCUCCGCCCACAGGACCGAAGAAAUUCGAAAAGUUGGAAACUAUCAUCAUGCCUCCCGGGGGAUUUCAAACACUUCAAGAAGCAGAAGCGGCUUUUAUGCAUUUGCUCAAGAAAGAAGGAGUGGAUGAGACGUGGACUUGGGAUCAUGCGAUGAGGAGGAUAAUUAUGGAUCCCCUCUAUCGAGCAUUGGACACUUUGGCGCAGAAAAGGGCCGCUUUCGAAAAGUUCAUCAUGAACAUUCACGAAGAACGGAGGAAAGCGAAAGAAGAUCGUAUAGCUCGUCUUCGUCCUCUUUUCCAGUCAAUGUUCGAGCAACAUCCCGCAAUCAAAACGUAUUCCACCAUGAAAACCGCCGCUGAAGUCUUUGCCCACGACAAAAAUUGGCGUGAGCUGGAUCCAGACGAGAGAGAGAUGUUGUUGGAAGAAUGGACUACAGCAAAGAAGCAUCAAGAGGCCCAACAUGAGAAAGAACUUCGUGAAAGAAACAUUCAAAAACUCGGUCAGCUAAUCCGUCAACUUGACGUCACCGUAUCCACCCGUUGGCGUGGAGCGUACGACAUGAUCCUAUCUUCUCCUCAAUGGAAGUCUGAUCCGGAAUUACAACAAAUCGCCACUGUUGACAUGCUCGACGUGUACGAUGAUUAUCUCCGUAUACUCGAUAAUGAGUUUGACGACGAAACACGUCGGUUACGUUCAGAACGUAUACGAACUUCUCGUAAAGCCCGCGAAGGGUUUCGUGCAUUGUUGGCCGAAUUACAAGCUUCUGGAGAGCUCACCAGGUUGAGUAAAUGGAAAGAUACAUACUCGAAAAUCAAGGAUGAUGAGAGAUACAUGAAAGUUCUUGGUCUACCAGGAAGCUCGCCGAUGGAUAUGUGGAUGGAUUGCGUGGAUGAUAUGGCGGAAGAAACGGAGAGAGCUGUGGAGAAGGUGGAAAGGACAGUGGGAAUGGGGAAGGUCAAGUUGGAAAGUACAUUCGAAGAUUUUGAGAACAUGCUCAAAGGGACUACUUUGGAAAAUGUACUGGAUUCUAAAGUCCGAGCGGAUGCUUACGAAAUGAUGCACGGCAAAUUUGUCCAGGUCGCACAGGCGGAAUCUCGUAGGGCCGAGAGGAAGCGAAGACAUAGGAUUGAUGAUCUUCGUUAUGCCAUCAAAAAGGUCGGCAAACAUAUCGACGUGGAUAUGACAUAUGAGGAGGCAUUGGCACAUAUCAAAGAUUUGCCGGAGUUCAAGGAUAUCCCAGAUGAAGAAGAUAGGAAGACUGCAUAUGACAAGUUCAUCCGUCGACAGAAGGUUAAAAGAAGUUCAAAGAAAGAACAGGAUGAUAAAGAUUAUAAGAGGGAUUAUGGGAGAGAAGAGUACGAUAGGGAUUACAAAAAUGGAAAGGACGAGUACAAGAAGGAGAGUGGGAGGGAAGACUACAAAAAAGAAAGUGGGAGGGAAGACUACAAAAAGGAAAGUGGGAGGGAAGACUACAAAAAGGAAAGUGGGAGGGAGGAUUAUAAGAAAGAGGGUGGGAGGGAAGAAUAUGAUAGAGAUCUCAAAAGAGAAAAUAAAUAUGAUAAAGGUCGUGAAAGUGGUGAAGAACGUGAAUCAAGAAAAGAGAAAGAGAAAGAGAGAAAACAUGCUACGGACUUUUAUGAUGAUAGAGAAAUCAAAGUGAGUCUUUUUCUUUUCUUUUUCUUCUCCUUUUUGCCUUCGUCUUUUUGUUGUUUGGACUUUCCACAUUUACAACCUUUUCACAUCUCUGCUUAUUCGACCAAUUCCCUUUGA